AUGGAUAGGUAUCCGCACACACAUCAGCAGAAAAAAACUGUUUUAGCUUUAUAUGCAAUUGCUAUGUCAUUGCGUAACAAGCACGUGUUAUGUACACUUAACCUAUCAAGGCACUCAGCAUCCGAAAGUAUAGAGAGUAUAUUAGAGUUCUCAGAUGUUGGUUUGAUGACUGGAGGAGUGAUAAUUCAAUCCCAAUGCGUCUUGCUUGAAAUCUGGCACAGUAUGCAGUACAAAGGAUCCGAUGUUAUACGAAAGGUGGUUUGGAUUAUAUUUGAUGAGGUAUAUUACAUGUGUGAUAGGGAAAGAGGGUGGUAUGGGAAGAGAGCAUUGUCAUGGCCACAAAAAACUCUCGAUUCGUAUUCCUCUCUGCUACGGUGCCCAAUGCAAAGGGGUUUGCUGAUUGGGUUGCAAAGGUGCUUUAAAGUUGCUUUUUACUUUUUCUUUUAUCACCAGAUUAUGAUGACUGUAGAUGCUUGUUAUGUACGAGUAGAGUGGGAGGCUUAUGAGGACAUAGUUCAGGUCCAUCGGCAACCAUGUCAUGUCUUCUAUCCUGAUUAUAGACCAACAACUCUUCAGCAUUAUGUCUUUCCUUCUGGAAGCGAUGGUCUGUACUUACUGGUGGAUGAAAAGGGAAAAUAUUGUGAGGAUAUCUUUCACAAAGGAAUGCUCUUGUGCCUGCUAGUGAAGGUGAGAGGAAAAGGGGGAAUGGAAAAUGGCAGAAGGGCUUUUCGGCCUGAUAUCAUGGAGGCUAUUGCUUGGGCGAAAGGGUCCAAAUUCUAUGAGAUUAUGGAAAUCACACAGGUUUUUGAGGGCAGCUUGAUCAGGGCUAUUAGAAGACUGGAUGACGUUCUUUAG